CAACCGGGUGAAAAGUGCCGGCUCUGUAAGAUGGGAGGUUCCAGCGGAACGCAGGGCAAGUUGCAGUUAGCCUCCCGCACUCUCAAAUUCCGCCCAGAGGAAGCACUUGGGCUGGGAAGAUGGCGGCGUACGUGAGCGGCCUAGGUGGCUUUUCAGGCCUGGGAUUUGAUGCUGGGGACUUUCUGGCCAGGUACCGUCAGGUGUUGAACAAGCUGAAGAAGCGGUUCCUGCGGAAGCCGAACGUGGCGGAGGCCGGCGAGCAGUUCGGUCAGCUGGGCCGCGAGCUGCGCGCUCAGGAGUGCCUGCCAUACGCGGCCUGGUGCCAGCUGGCGGUUGCGCGCUGCCAUCAGGCGCGCGACUACAAUGGCGCCUUGGCGGUCUUCACGCGCAUGCAGCGCCUGGCGCAGGAGCACGGCAGCCACCCGGUGCAGCCCCAGCCGCCGCCCCUCCCGCUGCAGCCACAGUCGCAUCCACCGCUGCAGCCGCCGCAGCUAGGGCCCCAGCUCCUACCCGGCGGGGCCCCACCCCCGCCCCCUGCACAAAGCCCUCCGAAUACAAGUUUCGCGACCGCGACCUCUGGUGCCUUGCUAGGCGCCUUCUGGGAGGUGGUGGUCCGCUGUGAGGUGUCCCGCGUGCUGCUGCUGCUGCUCCUGCAACCACCGCCCGCCAAGCUCCUCCGGGAGCAGGAACAUGCUCACACUUUGGAGAAGUACUCCUGGGAGGCUUUUGACAGCCACGGGCAGGAGACCAGCGGCCAGCUUCCCGAAGAGCUCUUCCUGCUGCUCCAGUCCUUGGUCAUGGCUACCCAUGAAAAGGACACGGAGGCCGUCAAAUCGCUGCAGGUGGAGAUGUGGCCACUGCUGAGUGCUGAGCAGAACCACCUCCUUCACCUCGUUCUGCAAGAAAUCAUCUCCCCCUCAGGACAGGGGAUCUGAUUAAUCCCGUUAACCAAGUGACUGCCUGUUGCCAAACCCAUGCAUCCACCUUUGCUUUUGAAGGGAAAUAAAAAAACAUUGAUCCCA